GACUUAUGGAUUCAUCACUUGCUUCUUCUUUCUUCCAAUUCCUUUCUAAAAUCCUUCUACUACUUACCUUCCCUUCUAUGUUGUCACCAACAUUUUCAACCACUGAAUUCUCUAUUAUCAAAGAAGCAACAGUACAAGAUCUUCAACUAGCUUUUCAAACAAACCAAUUAACAUCAAGACAACUUGUUGAAUUCUACCUCAACCAAAUCAAAAUCCAAAAUCCAAUUCUCAAAGGAGUCUUGGAAGUGAAUCCAGAUGCACUAGCACAUGCAGAUAGAGCUGAUUAUGAGAGAAGAGAAAAACCACCAAGUUCUCUUUCAAGGUUGCAUGGAAUUCCCAUUUUGGUUAAGGAUACCAUUGCUACUAAGGAUAAGUUGAACACUACUGCUGGUUCUUUUGCACUUCUUGGAUCAGUGUUGCCAAGAGAUGCAGGUGUUGUUACCAAGUUAAGGGAUGUUGGAGCUAUCAUAUUGGGGAAGGCUACAUUGAGUGAGUGGUCACAUUACAGGACUUUUGAAGCUCCUAGUGGUUGGAGUGCCAGAGGUGGACAAGGAAAGAAUCCAUACACAUUGGACGAACCGUGUGGAUCAAGUAGUGGAUCAGCAAUAUCAGUAGCAACAAAUUUGGUGAGUGUGUCACUUGGUACUGAAACCGAUGGCUCAAUUCUAUGCCCUUCAAGUAUGAACUCGGUAGUAGGUAUCAAACCAACAGUUGGUCUCACCAGUAGGGCAGGCGUAGUUCCAAUUAGUCCCAGGCAAGACACCGUUGGGCCAGUUUGCAGGACUGUAUCAGAUGCUGCUCAUGUUCUUGAAGCUAUAGCAGGCAUCGACACUUACGAUAAUGCAACAAUUGAAGCAUCAAAGUAUAUUCCAAAAGGUGGCUAUGCUCAGUUUCUAAAGAAAGACGGACUAAGAGGAAAGAGAUUAGGAGUAGUGAGACGGUACUAUGAUUUUGGAAAUGACACCUUUCUGCAUGAAACUACACCUAAAAACGUUAAGGUAACCAAGCAAAAAGGUGCAGCUGUGGUCGACGAUUUGAAGAUUGAUAACAUUGAUGAAAUUAUCAAUGGUCAAAGUGAAGCGAUUGCUUUGAAUUUUGAAUUCAAACUAUCAUUGAAUGCAUACCUCAAAGAUUUAAUUACUUCACCAGUGAAAAGCUUAGCAGAUGUGAUAGCCUUCAACAAUAAACACCCACAGAAUUGGUCAGAGAAGAUGGAGUAUGGCCAAGAUGUCAUGGUGGAAGCCGAAAAGACUGACGGAAUUGGGGAAGCACAGACACAAGCAUUGUUAAACUUGGCAAGAUGGUCACAAGAUGGGUUUGAGAAACUGAUGAAAAUGAAUAAACUUGAUGCUGUGGUAACACCUUUUUCAUCAUUUAGUAGCAUACUUGCAAUUGGAGGUUAUCCUGGAGUGAGUGUUCCAGCAGGAUAUGAUGAAAAGGGUAUGCCAUUUGGAAUUUGCUUUGGAGGUUUGAAAGGGUCAGAACCAAAGUUGAUUGAAAUUGCUUAUUCAUUUGAGCAAGCAACUUUGAUCAGAAAGCCACCAAAAGUUGGGAUGUAUUUGAAAUAAAGCUGUCUCAACUUUCUACCUUAAUGCACUGUCAAAAAAAAAUUACCUUAAGAUACUACUGGUAUUUUAACAUUUUGCACUUAAGACAAAAAAUUGUCCUAUACUAAUAAGAGAUAAAAGUUUCAAUUUUGGUCCAAACCGUGAUCCUCCUACCAGUCCAACGUCAAU